AACCCAAUGGUGUAGGUAGCAGUGGCACCAGAGCUCGUGUCAGUGUAUUUUUUAUAGAACAUCACGCCAAGUUUUCUCGCAGAUAGUCAGGCAUGGAUAGUUAACAGUGCAAUCAGGGAUGCUGGCGGGCCUGACCCACACGACGCUGCUGUUGCUCCUCACACACUUCGUUUGCACCUUUUAUGCAUGGAAGGGGGGAGGAGGUGUCGGCACGCCAUGGGCGACCGCUGAGCAGGAGGCGCAGGACGAGGUUCGGGAUGCCGAGAUCCUGCGGUCAGUUCAAGAGUCCAUGGCGGCCUGGAGGCAGCGACGCUCCUCACACAGAACGAAGCGUGCAGAGUCCUCAAUUUGCUACAAUGGCAUUGGUUGCUUCCAGUCUUCAGGACCUUAUGGUUACAUUGACAUCCUGCCCAGCCCUCCCGAGGAGAUUGCAACCAGGUUCCUCCUGUACAGUUCACGCAGAUCCCGAGGUGACACCCCCCUCAUGGAUGUGCCCUUCACCAAUCUUUCUGCUGUGUUUGACUGGGCAGGCCAGGCCUACAAUGUGUCCGCACCCACCAAGAUCAUAGUUCACGGGUUCGGCUCAUCCUGUUCCUACGUUUGGGCUUAUGAGAUGCGUUCAGCUCUCAUGUCUGUGGAGGAUUGUAAUGUCAUCUGUGUGGACUGGGAGGGUGGAGCAACUUUGCCCAAUUAUGUUCGUGCUGCGGCCAAUGCUAGGCUGGUCGGCAAACAGUUGGCUAUGUUGAUUCAAGGACUUCAAAAGUUGGGUCUCUCCCUCCAAAAUAUUCACAUGAUUGGGUUCUCUCUCGGAGCUCAUGUUGCUGGCUUUGCUGGUGCUGAACUGAAGAAUCUUAGUAGAAUCACAGGACUGGAUCCUGCGGGACCACUGUUUGAGAGCCAAGACCCACGAGCACGUUUGGACUCAUCUGAUGCUCACUUCGUUGAUGUGAUACACUCCAAUGGAGAAAAUCUAAUCCUAGGAGGUCUGGGCAGCUCACAACCUAUGGGCCAUGUGGACUUCUAUCCUAACGGUGGCCGCAUGCAGAAAGGCUGCAGUCAUCUCUUUGUUGGAGCCGUCACCGACAUAUUCUUGUCGGUGUCGGAGGUGGAAGGGCGUUCUCUCUGUAACCACCGCAGAGCUUACAAAUUCUUCACAGACAGUGUGAGCCCACAAUGCCAGUUCCCGGCCGUGAGAUGUGACAGCUUCGAUAAGUAUGCAGCCGGAGCUUGCUUCCCCUGUUCAGAUGGUGAACUAUGCAGCAAUAUGGGCUACUACGCAGACAAAGUCAAGGGUCGCGGCGUACAGUACCUAGUCACCAGAGAUGAGGAACCCUUCUGUGCCCAUCAGUACCUGGUGAGGGUAGAUAGCACGCCGAGUGUACUACCUGUCGUCAGCUACGGCAAGAUACAGCUCACCCUUAUCUCCAACGAUGAUCUCAACGAGACAUUUGUUCUCACCAUGAAGGACGAUGAAGAGCUUAAAGUUGGUGCAAGCCUAAGCAAGAUCAUAGUACCACACCCUGCACUGCAGAGUUUUACAGCACUGGAGAUCCUCUAUACUGCCUACAGUGGCUGGAUAUCUAGUGGCCUGGCCAAGUGGAGUAUAGACAAAAUCUCUCUCAUGGACACUUUCGGCAAGAGUUUGUCUAUUUGCAAGAAAGGACUGCUCCUAGAAACAGGUGUUCCUGUGGUCCUUCCUCUGUUUCCAGGAGUCUGCAACCCGCCAUUCAACAAUACCAAUAUAACAAACUAUGGAGGGCCUGUCUCAUUACCAACCAAUGCAACAAACCAAAAGUAUAUCCCAACCCAAGUUGUGAAAAUAGGGGAUGAGAUAUUAAAGAACAAUACAAACAAGGCAGAUAUUGAGGUUGAAACUCACUACUUAACAGCACAGUGGCAACCAGUGCUGGAGUACCCAGCAUCAUCUGGGAGUUCUGGAAACUCUUUGGAUCAGGAGUCAUCCAGAGGCUUCAAAUCGAGUAUGAGGACAGAGAAAGCAAAAAGAGAACACAAUGGUACCUCAACACAAAUCAGCAAGAAUGACACAUUGGUGCUUGGAGAGUUGGUGAUGGCAACGACAGUCAAUACAACUGUCAACAACUCCACCGACACGAUAACAGACUCUGACAUCAAGCUGAAAAUGAGCCUGAUGGGGGAGUUUGUAAAGAAAGAAGAGAAGAAGAACGGGCCUCCUUACGAGUUUGUGAAGCCAGACUCAACAGAGUCAAAAAAGAUAGAGUUAACCACCAAGGGAGAAAUCAAGGAGCCUGUACUUGCGGCUACCACACCUCGUCAACACAGGAGAUCUUCAAAACAAGAGAAGUGGCACCCGGAGGUUGAGCUAAAUCCUCCCUCGAUGGGAGCAACAGAGUCUUGGCACCUUUGGGAUGCUCCUGGGUCCAGCAGGGAGAUCAAAAACAUGGAUUUAGACAAGAACACAACCAGUACCUUAUCAGCACUGACAAUCCAAUUUCUACCUCAAAGACUUAUAUCAUUUUUGGAGCAAGCCGAGAAGUAUGCAAGGCUUGCAUUUUCUCCUUUCCUCUCUAGUGAUCCAGAGUCAAGAAAUCAGCGAAGGAUGAGGUUUCUCCCACAGUUCUGGUGGAGUAAAAGUGACGAGAGGAAAGAGAAGAAGCUUGAGGUUGAGGAUAAAGAAACUUCAACUAAAGGUGCAUCAGAGCCAGUAGUGGCCAUCGCUUACCACGAAAAUAAAUCUGACUUCAAACCAAAGUAUAUCCCUCUUACCAGUACGGAAACAGACAAAAAAAUAGAAAAAGCUGAAACUGAUUUUAACAGGCCAUCUAUGAUCAAAGAACACCUCGAAGAACCAAUUGUGGAGGACUCAAAGGAAAAAGAGAAAGAAAAGGAUAGAUGAACUUUUCAAAUUAGAGAUAUUGGUUAAUAGUACAAGAAUGUUUAGUUUUUCAGCUAUAGAUAUUUUACUAUAUGUGUUAACAUUAAAAUACGUAAAGCCAAAGUUUUAGUGGAGUGAUAAAGCUUUCAAUAUACAUUGGGUACCACCGUAAAAUGCUUGUAAUUAAAAGAAAUUGAAAAUGAUAAAUAAUAAUGCUAUUGUGCUUACAUUCUGAGCUCCUGUAAAUGUCAGUGGUGAAAUUAUAGAGAUAUUCGUCUUAAAAUCUCAAUUGUCUGCUUAAAGUUUAACUACAUGAGUAUUUCAUCUGAUUACAGUAUAGAAAUGUCUAAGAUUAAAAUUUGUUUGUUGGCGAAUUUUCUAAUUUCUGUGGGCCUAGUGAGGUGGAUAUAACAGUUAAAAGUAAUAGACAAGAUUAAGUAACAAGUAUCGGAGAGGUUUUCUUAAAUGACUUUACCGAAGAACUCAGAAAUCCUUAGAAAAAAAUUAUUAUUUCUCUAAAUUGAGCAUCAAUUAUUAUCUUUCAAUUCCUACAGUAAAUAUUUAACUAAUGACUUCAAUAAUUUCAUGUAAAACAAUAUUACUUUUUAAACGGAAAAAUUUUACCUACAUUAAACAUAUCAAUGAUCAAAAUAUUGAAGACAAAUCAACAAAAUGUUAAGUACAUAAUCGGAUUAAAAACUUAAAGUUGGGGCAUAAUUAAAAAGGAAACUGGAAUUUACAGAUAGAAGGCAAUAGUUUUUCCAAAGAUGAAAAUAAUCUUAAAUCACAUUUAUUGUUAGUUGUAAAUAGUAAAAAUGAUUUUAUAUGUUCAAAUUUAAAAACUUUACCACCAAGUACUGUAACUGUACAAAACAUAAAACCCGAGGUGUUUGUUGUUAUUUAUACAUUUUAGAAUACAUGUGACCAAAGAGAAAUCCAUGAAACAAAUGUUGAGAUAAUUUAGUAACUUACAUCAACAAAUACCGCCAUAUUUGUUGCAACCUUACAGUGCUCCUAAACUAAUUUAACCAAAUACUUUAAUCAUCUCUAUUUUUGCUUAAGCUUUUUCAGUUGUAUAAUUAACUGUUUUCAGAACAACUUUUAACUCUAGUAGUUUGACCGGAAAUCAAGGAUUUAAAUUACUUUUGACUUUUUUAUUUUUAGUGCAACAGUCUCUAGCCUACUGUCAUGCCAAGGGUGCUAACUGAUUUAACCCAAAAUGAAGUAAUUUAGACAACUAUAAACAUAAAAUAUUUAUAGAAAGAGAUAAUUUUACAAGUUAUUUAUCUAUUUUGCUCAUUAAAAAGUAAUAAACAGACAGAUAUAAUAUUUUACUUAAAUAUAAGACCAAAAAAAUGAAGCAAGGUAAUAAUUUGUAUAAGGUAAUAAGCUAUAUUAUAAAUGUUGUGUUAAUAUUGAUCUUAUAUGUACGUAACAAACAAAAAUAUCACAGUAUAAAUAAAUACUAGGCUGAGUAAUAAAACAGUAAACAAUAUGACAAAAUACAAUGGAUCACUAGCUACAAAGGCAAAGAGACAGCUGAUUUAUUUUAUUUGCUCAGAUACCAUGAAAAAAAUUAACCGAUGUCCAAAGUGUAAAAACCAAUACAUUGAAGCUUUUGGAACAAAAAGACACUUCUAGUAGCCAGUACCAUUACAUAGAUUAGAUGUAUUUUACAAAAAACAUAGUGUCGUCUUUAACAAACCCUGCACUUGACUAAAUCAUGCACAGCAACACUAUAGCACAAAGAGGAUUAAUCUUAUGUCUCAGAUGCUUGUGAAAAUUCAAAAUUAAAAUUAUCAAUGAGACUAUAUACAUCAAAGGUACGUAAACAAACAAGUUAAGCAAGUCGAAGUUUCUCCAGUUUUAAAGAAUCUAAAAACAUCCCAACCCAAAAAAAACAAUGCCUAAUACUAGAACAAUUAUUCAAUUCAUUGUAAAUAUUAAUAUAAUUAAUGAGCUAAGCCUGAAUGUGUCAUGUGUCUAUUUUGUAUAUUUACAAUUUGUGUAUUAAUAAUAGGAUUAGUAUUUAUACAUUAGUUUUUGUUACAAUUAGAAUGUAGUACUAAACUGCAAUGGGUAAUUUAAGAUGGUAUUUAAAUACAUCAUACAAGUAAAACUAUUAAAAUUUUUGUGUGUUAAUGAUUUGUAAUUAUUACGGCAAGUAAAUUGCCAGUGUGACGUAAUUUAUAAAAGAAAUAUUAAAGUAAAAUUGGCUAUGGAAUGGAAGCAAAAGAAACUGUGAUACUAUGAGAGGAAACAAAAAAACCAAUACAGAAAAAACUAUGUAUAUUCCCCACCUCUACCAAUUUAAGUACAGGAAAAUGGCAUUCUUAAACUGCUAACAAAAUGUACUUAUUUCUGCUUCCAUGAAGACAUUAAUUGCUAUAUAACAUCCGUAAAACACCACACAUGGCAUUCAAAUAUUAAAAUAAUUUGUUAGUGUUGAAAUACUUUUCAAGCUGCCCAAAUAAAAAUGUAACAAUUACAAUGAAGUUUCUCAUAUUAUAUAUUGUUUAGAGAAGUGAAGUUUAUUUUAUAAGUUUCAUAAAAGACUGAAAGUAAGUUUAGUAUUAAUUAUAUAGCCACUUCUUCUUUUAAGGUAUUGUGUGAAUACAAAAUUGAUAAUAUACCGUAGCAAUUUAACACCACAGUUUCUCAAAUAAUCAAAACUAAUUGCAAUAUCCUCAACAAGAGUAAUAAUUUCAUGUAAUAACCUGUCUAGAUAACUGUUAAUUAAUAUAAAAUAAUUUCUAAAAUAUUGGAAACUUUUCUAUUUUAUUCCCCUACAAAUACUUGUAUAUAUUCUUGUGUUUUGGUCAGAAGAACAUAGUUAAAGAACAUGGCAUAGUGAAAUGUUAUACUUAAUAAAAGAAUAUAUGUAUUCUAUGAAAGUACAGUUUAAAAUUAUUCAGUUUAAUACCUAAAGCAAUUGUGUAAUGUUUGUAUUUGUAAUGUGUAAAAAUAAA